ACAGAUGAUUUGUGUGUGACUAGGAUUUUUCUUGUUGUUUACCCAAAAUUAAAAACAAAAAUUAUUUUUGUUUAUUUCUUCAAAAAAUUGGAUUUUAAAAAUUCCAAGAAAAAUUAUGGAUCAAAAUACUCAAAUUUCAUCAGCCGAAGAGGAACUAAAAAAUUUCGGCAAUUUCCUAGAGAAACAUGACCAACUUCUCAAACAAUUACUUGGCAAAUCCUUGAACAACACCAAAUUAAAACCUCAACUUGAUAAAUUCAAUCAACCGAUUAAAGUCAAUUACGAUUCGAAUCAAGAAAACUUGCCACUCCUAAAACUAAUAGACUCUGAUCGAUUGUUAAACAAAAGUAUUCUCACCUUUGCUUAUCUUUGCAAUGAAAUCGAAGAAAUUGUCAUCGCUGCUAAAUCCAUGCAAAUGAAAUUCCUCUACAUCGAUGAAGAUCUUUGUACUUUAGAAUCUAAUGGCGAUGAUAUCAAUCAAAUUCCAGAUAAAAACGAAUCUGAAUCGAAUAAUCAACAAUAUUUGCACAAAAUGAGUUGUUCGUUAGAUUUCUUGUGCAACAUUCAGUUUCUGGUUCAGCGUUGUAUUCUGCUAGCGAGCAAUGUAUUGCAUCAAUGUGGUGCAUUUCUUGCAUUUGAAAAUCAAGUUUUUGAAUUUAAAUUCUUUAAUGUAUUUGAUAGUUUGGGAAGCAUUUUGUUUCAUCUAUUGGUAUUUGAUGAAAUUUUGUCGAGUUCUAAUUUCCAUCGAUUUUGGUCGUCGUAUAAGAAGACGGUUGAAAAAAUCAGUAGAAACAGUGACAAGUUGGAUUUUUGUACAAAAGCUGAGAUUGUUGGGCUAAUCAACUGUUUGAAUGAACUUGAGUUUCUUUUCUCGGGAAGUAUUUUUCAGAGUUUCCUCGACAGCACAUUUAUGAUAAAGGAAAAAAUUGGUCCAAAAUCUCUCAGUCAACUAGGUUCACAAUUUCAAGAAUAUCUUCGUAUGAAACUAAACAAAAUCGAAAAACUACCAACAGAUCUAUGUGACUUUAGUGAAACACAAAUUCUUGUGCAAAUGAAUGCUCUAUGUGUCCUCUGUCAUGAUUUCUUUGGACAAUUUGAUUUGAAAUUUCUCAAAAUGAUCCAAGAAUCCAACAACAAACACAUGGGAAUAACACUAAUUGGCAAUAUAGUUUGGACGCCUGGAGAGUUUUUGCGAAAACACGCUGAAACCUUAGUACGACCAUAUGAAAAAUCUCUUAACGACACAACAAAACAAAGACAAAUUUAUCUCGAUAAUCGUGUACAAAAUUUACAACGUGAUUGUAAACUUUAUUGCAGUCAAAUAUCAUUGUGGAUAAUUAAUGUUAAGACAUCCCUCAAAUCAGCUACAUCUGAACUUAAAGUUGAGCAAUUUAAAGAGCAUGCUAAUAUGUUGUUACAAGGAUUGCAAUAUUCAGGACAAUUGAGCUAUAUUAUAAAGGCAGUGAUUAAUAUGCAUGUUCUCCAACAAACAGCUAUGACUAAAAAUACUCUGUUGUCUGUUUGUAAAUUCAUCGAAAUGUUAAAGAUGAUUCAACUUGUAUUCCAGAGUGAUGUAGAGAGUAUUGCAAAAACUAUUAGCUGUAUUGUACAGUAUUUGCAAUAUAAAGCAUUACAAAUUAUUUUAUUUGCAAAGAAAAAAAUCACCAGCACCACCAUGCACGAUAGAAAUGUGGAUGCUUUGGCUGCUUUGAAAAUUUGUGAAAAAUGCUUACAAGGACCUGCAACUCGUACAAGAAUAUUAGUUGCUUGCCUUGCUGUUAAUGCUACCAAUUCAGCUGGUCGAACACUCCCAAUUGACCAAUAUGAUAGAUUCACCAGUAUAAUACACCGAAUCGAGUUAUUGGCUACAUUUCAAGAAAACUUGAAACAACUCUGCGAUACAUCGUUCAUUUAUUGGCAUCAAUCUCUUUUAUCUGCAUAUCUAAAGCAAAUAAUUGAAAAGAAAAUGGAUUUCAAUUCGUUUCAGUUUCUUGUGAAAUCCAGUAACGAUUGUGGACGAUCACUUGACAUGCUAAAACUCGGCAACAUAAAAUUGGCGGAUAUGUUGAAGAAAUCAAAUUUCGAAAGUUUUAAAACUGAAAUCACAAGUAAUUUGUGUGCGCAAAUUGAAACAUUUCUUCGUUUAGAAGUUCAUUCCAGUUUACAAUUGGAAAAAAUGAAUCCAUUCGAACAGAAUAUCAAUGAUUAUAGAGAUUUAAUUAAUAUUUGUCCUAUUGAAUUAAAUGGACAGUAUUUAAUAUUACAAGAUCACGUUGAAAACUAUUUAAGCAACAUGUUUUAUAAUUUGACUACAAUAUCGUUGCAUGAUUGGAAAACAUAUGAAGAAAUGCGUCAAUUGGGAAACUAUAGACUUAACUUGAAUCCAAUUGAAGACUAUUUACCAAAUCAAACAAUCGAACAGGGUAUAGAUGUAUUAGAAAUCAUGCGAAAUAUUCAUAUUUUUGUUUCAAAAUACGUCUACAACAUGAAUACACAAAUAUUUGUCGAACAAAAGAGUUCCAACAAACAUUUAGAUACAAUUGGUAUACGUCACAUUGCUAAUUCGUUACGAACUCAUGGAACUGGUAUUAUAAAUACCACCGUUAAUUUUACCUAUCAAUUUCUUCGACAAAAAUUUUACACAUUCUCGCAAUUUCUCUACGAUGAACAAAUAAAAUCUCGAUUGAUGAAAGAACUUCGUGCCUUAGCAGAGAAUAAACAAAACUCACGUAAAUUGUAUCCAUAUGAGAGAGCUGAUGCAUUUAAUAAGGACAUUCGAAAAUUAGGAUUGUCUGAGGAUGGAAAAACGUACAUGGAUUUAUUUAGAACUGUAAUAACACAUGUUGGGAACGCAAUGGGUUACAUUCGUCUUGUACGUUCAGGAAGCAUACAUGCCAACUACAGUGCCAGCAUUUUUCUUCCCAAAUUCGAUGAAAAUCUUAAAUUUGUCGAUUACGCCAAGAAAUCUCAAUUAAACGAUGUUACUAUUUCGGCAGCCGAAAAUCUCGAAACAAAUAUUCGAAACUUAUCGGAGAGUUUUUCCGACGGAACUGAUUACUUUAAGAUUCUCGUUGAAGCAUUCCAACCGUUCUUCAGCAAUCCAAAUAAUAUUCAUUUGAAGAACGUUUAUCUCAUCAUACCAGCCUUAACACUCAACUACGUUGAGUACAUUCUAAAUGCCAAAGAUAAAAUCCACAAAAAAGACAAACAAGAAGCUGUCUUAUUCGAUGAUGGUUUCACCGUUGGUCUUGCAUACAUUUUAAAAUUAUUAAAUCAAUAUUCUGAAUUUAAUUCAUUGCAUUGGUUUGAAAAUGUUACAGAACGUUUCGAAGCCGAACGGAAAAAAAUCAAUUUGAUGCGCAAUGAAAUCAAUUCAAAUGUCGCUGGACGCAAAGAUGAAAAUGAAAAACUUCAACAAACACUAGCUUUGACUGAGAAACGAAUAACCACACAUCAAAUGGAAUAUAAUUUACUUUACUAUAAUCUUUGCAGUGCAAAGAUAUUUUUCCAUUAAUUUUAUAUUAUUUUAGAAAAAUAAAAUACGUGCCUAAAAGUUAAAAUAAGAUAAAUAAAUUACUGUAUUACAUAAUAUGCA